UGCUGCUAAUUGCUGCUGGCUUCUUCACUCAGUUAUACGCAUUAGACGUGUGUAAAGACAGGAGGUCAUUGGAAAAUACAGGUAUUUCUAGGCGUAAGGUUAUUAUUAUUUUUUUUUUUUUCCUUAUCUUCAUCACACUCCAGUCCAGUUGGUGUCGGUAAUGCACCUUGAGUUGGUUUGCCAACCAUCAUUAAAUAAACGAAGGAGAUGAUGAAGAAAAGUAAAUACACGUGGUAAGAAGGACGCUGCCACUUCAAUAUCGAGUUGGUGUGGCCAGCUGUGCAGGUACAUCUAGAUAUGGCAUAUAAAGAUGAAGAGGGGGUCUCAGACAAAGUGUGGGAUGAAGAGGAAAAGAAUAACCUCACACUACACAAGAGCCUCAUUUCUAUGCCUACUAUGAAGAACAUCAAGGAAGAGGACUGUGAGUGGGAGUCUGCAUAUUUACAGCAGCACCACCUCGGAAUUAAGGAGGAGGACUAUGAAAGAGUGGUCUGGGACAUUAAAGAAGACUCGGAACCAGCUUCUGACAUCACCAACAUUCAGAGAAAUGAAACUAUCAGUGGCAUAAAGAAAGAAAACCUAAAAUCGGAGUCGGACUCUCUGUGUUUCUAUCCCGAUGAAAAGGCUCCUGGAUUGGGCUUGACGCCUAGUAGCCUGUGCUCCCUGCAACAUCAACUGAAGGCUGAAUCUUUGGAAUCUGACAUGAAGAAGACUGCAAAAGCACUGGGGGAUAUCCAUCAUGAAGAAGAUUUCAUAAAGAGUAGCAGCUGCUUAUCUUCAUUGGCUCAGACGUCUCUAACGUGCAGAUCACAACAGACAAUACCUGAUGAAAAUAUGAAGAAAUCAACAUGUGACUCGGAGAGUUUGAGAUCAGCUUUUUUAGAUGGUAGCUCUCUGCUUGGUGAUGCAAUUGACACUCCAUUAGAGGGACUCUGUACAAAUUCAUCAACUUCAUUUAUAUGCCAAGAGCAGAAAGAACAAUUUAAAACUGAAUCGAAAUGCAAGCAGAGUCAGAAUAGACAGAAACUUUAUACCUGUUCUGAAUGUGGCAGACAACUCACACUAAAGAGCAGCCUAAAGAAACACAUGCGAAUUCACACUGGAGAGAGGCCAUAUUCUUGUACCACAUGUGACAAGCGAUUCUCCACCAGUGGGGCUCUUCGGAUCCAUGCAAAAAUCCACACUGGAGAAAAGCAAUUUUGCUGUUUAGACUGUGGCAAACAAUUCUAUGAAAGGAGCCGUCUUCGGGUUCAUAUGAAAAUUCACACGGGAGAGAAACUGUAUUGCUGUUCUGAAUGUGGGAAAGGAUUCUCCUCCAGUGCAAUUCUUAGGAACCACACAACAAUUCACACCGGAGAGAAGCCUUAUUGUUGUUCUGAAUGUGGUAAACGAUUCGCUGAUAGAAGCAGCCUUCGUAGACACGUGAAAAUUCACACUGGGGAGAAGACUCAUUUCUGUUCUGAAUGUGGCAAAGGAUUCCUGCAUAAGAGCCAUCUUCAGACCCACAUAAGAAGUCAUACUGGACAGAAGCCAUAUUGUUGUUCUGAAUGUAACAAGCAGUUCACCGACAGGAGCAGUCUUCAGACACAUAAAAGAAUUCACACUGGUGAGAAACCAUUUCAUUGUUUUGAAUGUGGGAAACAAUUUUUUGGCAAUUACAAUUUGCAAGUACAUUCAAGAAUUCACAUUGGAGAGAGGCCAUAUUGCUGUUCAGAAUGUGGCAAGCGAUUCUUGUGCAAGAGCCAUCUUCAGAUCCACAUAAGAACACACACAGGAGAGAAGCCAUAUUCCUGCUCUGAAUGUGGUAAGCGGUUCUCCACCAACAGCAGUCUUCAUUGCCAUAUCAGAAUUCACACAGGAGAGAAGCCUUAUUCUUGUUCUGAAUGUGGCAAGAGAUUCUCUGAUAAAAGUAGUCGUCGAAAUCAUUUAAGAAGUCACACAAGGGAGAGGGACAGAAAAGAGAAAGAGAUGGCGAAAUUGUUGUGGACGAGGUCAAAGGGAGGAGAAGAAGGAUGCUGCCAUUUCACGUUGUACAAUAUGGACCGGGUGUGGCCAGCUGUGCAGGCACGUCUAGAUAUGGCACGUAAAGGUGAAGAGGGGGUCUUGGACAAAGUGUGGGACGAGGAGGAAAAGAAUAACCUCACACUGCGCAAUAGCUUCGUUUCUAUAUCUACCAUGGAGAACAGACGUAUGAACAUUAAGGAAGAAGACUGUGAGUGGGAGUCUGCUUACUUACAGCAGGAGCACCUCAGCAUUAAGGAGGAGUACUGUGAAAGAGUGGUCUGGGACGUUAAAGGAGACUCUGAACCAGCUUCUGACAGCACCAACAUUCAGAGAAAUGAAACUCUCAGUGGCAUAAAGAAAGAAAACCUUAAAUCGGAGUCGGACUCUCAGUGUUUCUAUCCCGAUGAAAAGUCUGCUGGAUUAGGCUUGACGCCCGGUAGUCUGUGCUCCCUGCAACAUCAUUUGAAGUCUGAAUCUUUGGAAUCUGACAUGAAGAAGACUGCAAACGCAUUGAGGGAUACCCAUCAUGACGAAGAUUUCAUAAAGAGUGGCAGCUGCGUAUCUUCAUUGACUCAGACUUAUCUACAGUGCAGACCACAACAGCCACCACAUGAUGAAAAUAUGAAGAAAUCAACAUGUGAAUCAGAGAGUUUGAGAUCAGCUUUUUUGGAGAGUAACUCUCUGCUUGGUGAUACAAUUGACAUUCAAUUACAGGCAUUCAAUGCAAAUUCAUCAACAUCAUAUGUCUGUCAAGAGCAGAAAGAACAAUUUAAAAGUGAAUCGGAAUGCAAGCAGAGUCAAAAUAGACAGAAGCCGUAUAGCUGUUCUGAAUGUGGGAAACAUUUCUCACUAAAGAGCAGCCUAAAGAAACACACGCGAAUUCACACUGGAGAAAGGCCAUAUUCUUGUACCACAUGUGACAAGCGAUUCUCCACCAGUGGGAAUCUUCAGAUCCACACAAGAAUCCACACUGGAGAAAAGCCAUAUUGCUGUUCAGACUGUGGCAAACAGUUCUAUGAUAGGAGCCAUCUUCGGGCCCAUAUAAAAAUUCACAUUGGAGAGAAACAAUAUUGCUGUUCUGAAUGUGGUAAACGAUUCUUGCACAGCAACAGUUUUCGGACUCACAUGAGAAUUCACACAGGUGAGAAGCCAUUUUGUUGUUCUGUAUGCGGGAAAAGAUUCUCGUCCAGCGAGCUUCUUAAGACCCAUACAAGAAUUCACACCGGUGAGAAGCCUUAUUGUUGUUCUGAAUGUGGGAAACGGUUUGCUGAUAGAAGCAGUCUUCGGAGACACAUGAAAAUUCACACUGGAAAGAGGCCUCAUUCCUGUUCUGAAUGUGGCAAAGGAUUCAUUAACAGGAAUCAACUUCGGAGCCACUCAAGAAUUCAUACUGGAGAGAAGCCAUAUUGUUGUUCUGAAUGUGGCAAAGGAUUUUCAGCAAGCAGCAGUCUGCAGAAACACAUGAGCAUUCACACUGGACAGAAACCAUAUCACUGUUCUGAAUGUAACAAGCAAUUCACCGACAGAAGUCGUCUUCAAAUACAUACAAGAAUACACACUGGUGAGAAGCCAUUUCAUUGUUCUGAAUGUGGGAAACAAUUUUUUGCCAAUUGCAAUUUACAAGUACACUCAAAAAUUCACAUUGGAGAGAGGCCAUAUUGCUGUUCAGAAUGUGGCAAGCGAUUUUUGUACAAGAGGCAUCUUCAGAUCCACAUAAGAACACACACAGGAGAGAAGCCAUAUUCCUGCUCUGAAUGUGGUAAGCGGUUCUCCACCAACAGCAGUCUUCGUUGCCAUUUUAGAAUUCACACAGGAGAGAAGCCUUAUUCUUGUUCUGAAUGUGACAAGAGAUUCUCUGAUAAAAGUACUCUUCGAAGUCAUUUAAGAAUACACACAAGGGAACAGGAAAAAAAAGAUAAAGAGAUGGUACAAGUUGUUGCUUUUAUGGCCUAAUUACAACAACUAAUUUUUAGAGUUCUGUCCAGACAGUCCCAUUUUUGUCUCCAGACUAGAGGAUCUUUUUCCUUGGGCUCUCGGAUUCCUUUAAAUGCUCUUCAGCAAACUCCCAGCUAGCUGUUAUUAGGUACCUUAUAGAUGGAGGUCUGCUGAGGUGGUCGUCCUGACGGGUUCUGCCAUCUUAAUGCAGGACUUGUGAAGCUUUGACAGAGUAACCACUGGGUUCUUGGUCACCAACACAACCACAUUACGCAGUUUAUCCAGUUGGUCAGCUGUAGAAACAAUUCUGGUGGUUCCAAACUUCUUCCAUUUCCCAGUGAUCGGGGUCACUGUGCUCCUAGAGUCACUCAAAACCUGAGAAAUGGUGCUAUCCCCUUACUCUGACCUGUGCGUCACCACAGUUUGAUCAUGCUGGUCUACAGAGAGGUCCUUCAACUUCAUGGUUGGUUUUUGUGCUGCUAUGUCGUGCAAUCUGUGGGACCUUCUCUACACAGGUGUGUGUCUUUUCUGAACGACGUCCAGUCAAUUGUUUGCCACAGGCGAACUCCUGUCAAGUUCUAGACGUGUCUCAAGGAUGAGCACAAUUUGAAGGGAAAGAGCUGAGACUCUGAGAGCUUAUACAAGUGAGGAGUUUCACUUUUUGAUUUUUAAUAAAUGUGCUAACAUUUCUGAAAACCUGCUUCCGCUCUGUAAUUAUGGGUUAUUGAGUGUAGAUUGAUGGGCAAAAGAUGGGAUAUGAAAACAUUUUAAAGUGAAAUCUUCAAUGCAAUCAAGUGUGUAAAAAGUGAAGGGGGCUCCAUACUUAAUUGAUCGUUCCACCAUGUGUGUAUAGAUAGAAUAGUUUAUUUUUAUUUAGCCCAAAGUCAAAGGAGGAGGGCUGUAAUUGGGUUUUAACGUCCCCAACCUUAACUGUCUAAGAAGACAAGACAAAAAAAAAA